AUUCUACAGGCAAUCGUCCCUUCCUUUAUUAAUAACAUCUUUAUCGUGCUCAAGAUCAUCAGCUUCUUCGUCAUCACCCUCCUGCCGUCUGACAAAACGCACACAAAGACAAGACGCCACCAUGGAGAAGCACGCUCCUCGUAUCGUCAAGUUUACCAACGCCCAAUUACUUCGCAACGGUCAACUUGUUCCGGGAGAUUUGUGGGUGUCUUCCGAGACCGGCCGCAUCAUCAGCCCCCAAUCCGCCUUCUACUCGUCCCACAAGACUGCCGAUGAAACGAUAGAUUUGCGAGGCAAAAUCCUGUCACCAGGCUUCAUCGACGUUCAGAUCAAUGGCUCUCAUAACUUUGACUUUUCCACCCCCGAUCCUGACUUUGCCGAAAAGCUGCAAAGGACAAAUCAGCAGAUGAUCAAGACUGGCCUGACCUCGUAUGUUCCCACAGUCAUCAGCACUCAACCUGAAGCCUAUCACGCCGUCCUUCCACAUCUGGGACCCUCGGGAGCCUACCGAGAUCCCUCAAAAGGCAGUGAAAGUUUGGGAGCCCACAUUGAAGGGCCCUUCUUGUCACCACUGAGAAAUGGGAUCCACAACAAGGAAGUUCUUCGCACUGCCAACUCCUGGUCAGAUGUUGAAGAAUGCUAUGGUUCAUCAAACCUUGACAAUGUUCGAUACAUUACAGCUGCCCCUGAAAAGGGGGCAAUGCUGAGUCUAAUCCCCAAAUUCGUGUCGAGGAAGAUUGUGUUUUCGGUUGGACAUUCGGAUGCCACAUUCGACCAGGCACAGGCAGCAAUUGGAGCUGGUGCUUCUAUGGUCACUCACCUUUUCAAUGCUAUGCGACCAUUUGGGCAUCGAGAUCCUGGCAUCUUCGGUCUCUUGGGUCAAUCUCUUCCCUCCUCACCAGUCACCACCCCUAAGCAAAGUCAACCAGCCAGUGCUUCGUCAUCGCCUCACGGCUCACCGCGGUCUUCUCGACGGACAUCGCCGCGCUCGAGCUUGAGCAUCAGUACCACUGUUUCAGAUUUGGAUGACGAAGCACGAUUCAAACAGCCUUUCUUCGGCCUCAUUGCUGACGGCAUUCAUUUGUCUGCACAAACUCUGAAGAUUGCAUAUUCGGCCCACCCCGAAGGGGCUAUCAUAGUGACCGAUGCCCAGAAGUUUGCAGGAUGUCCAGACGGGGCGUACGAGUGGAGAGGAGAAGAUAGGUUCAUCAAGGAGGGUAAGCUUCUGCGGCUUGAGAGCAACGGGAGGAUAGCUGGAAGUGUGGUGGACCUGAUCGACUGUGUCAACAAUUUCAAAAGAUACACAGGGUGCGGAUCGGCAAAAGCACUCGAGUGUGUCACGAGUACACCGGCCAAGAUGUUGGGCAAGGAUGUCGAGGAGAAGAAAGGCCGACUGGAGGUGGGCAUGGAUGCGGACCUUGUUGUUCUUGAUGAGGGAUUGGACGGGGAGUUGGCCGUGACACAGGUAUGGAAGUUUGGGGUUCGGGUGGCAUAACGGAUGGAGCGGAGGCGCAUUCCAAAAGCAUAGGAUUGAUCAAGAUUGCACAUGAAUCCCCGUUAUUGCGUCUAGGGUUGGUGUUUGGUGGUUGCAUGACACAGAAUAUUUGCAUAGUUAAUUUGGGUCCUUUGGAUGAGUGAUAUGAUAAUGAUUCAAUCUAGACACAUGUAUACUAGAGAUGAAGUUGAACGACUGGCUAUCAUACUGAGGAAGAUGUG